AUGGCGACAGUUACUGCUUUACGAAAUAUGUUUAGUUCUGCGCCUGGGAUCCCUGUGGACAGUAUCCCUCUCGGUCAACAUGGCGCUCUAUGCGAAGACUGUCAGCAAUUUGACCUUCACAGCUUCAAGCGUGACAUCUACGGCAACCGAGGCUAUGCAUUCGCCAAAGUCAAGCAAUCGGCUCUCCAAGGAUGCUCAUUUUGCUCCAUGAUUGUGGAUGCCUUUCGAGAUCGAAGAAUGCCUCUUGCCAAGUCGAUCUUCAGACGCGAUGCCUCGGAAGACGGCUGGUUCGUGCACUUUAGCCUAGAUGCAAUGGAGGGCAAAGAUGCUGAAUCUGGUAGUCUGUUGCAGUCGGUCAAGGUGCUGCGAGCAAGGUUGGCGCCAAGGAAUAAUCUCUUGCCGUACUCGGUAAUGGGGUCCUCGAGAGUCGAAGACUGGAUCGAGCAUUCCUUUCAUGUGGUUGCAGAUCCGGGCAGCGCUGCGCAUGAUAGCGGUGUUGUAGCUGGCAGAUGGACAGAUCAGGUCUUUACGUCAAGAACAACAAUGACCAACCUGGCUGCACGAGAGCGUGGCGACGCGGAUAGCUUCGAUCAGCUCCCCAAACCAAUGCUGGAUGUGUUUGAUCUUGCCCGCAAGCUCGGCAUACCCUAUGUCUGGAUCGACUCCAUUUGUAUUAUUCAGGAAGGUGAUCAAGGAGCAGAUUGGACAAAUGAGGCUGUCAAGAUGGGCUCCUACUACCAAAAUGCCCAUCUGACAAUAUCGGCAUCGUCAGCGGAUGCCUCACAGGGGCUUAUACCCAGCAGAGAGGACAAGUCGCCUCGAAUAGCCAGGAUGGUCUAUCUGGACCAAAACCAAAACGCCAAUGGCUACUUCUACCUUAUGCCCUUCCUCGAGAGAGUUGAUGACGAGUAUAGAGAGCAUGUUCAAGAGAGCGAGCUGUUUACCAGAGGAUGGGUCUUCCAAGAAUGGCUGUUGAGCAAGCGUAUUAUUUACUUCACGCCUGUCGGUAUCAUUUUUGAAUGCUGCACCAACGGUCUACGCAACGAGCGCGGUGAAGACGUAUCUACCAACUACUACGAUAUUUGGACAUCCGAGCGCCCCCUUACUAAACCCGUCUACACAUUUGACAAUACACAGCUGGAAAAUGUGUGGUACUGGAUAGUUCAAUGGUACUCGUCACUUUCACUCACAAUGCCUGACCAAGAUCGGGUUGUGGCGCUAGCAGGUAUAGCUGACGAAUAUCGGCUAAGCUUGCAGCGGUGCUUCCGAGCAAAUGAAAAGCUACCUGCACCAACAGUGCCUUGCGGUGGAGAGUACGCUGCGGGACUCUGGAUUCGGGACUUGCAUCGUGGCCUGACGUGGCAAGCUCGGCCCGAAGCAGACAUUGCUCGCUUACCUGGCUUCCCUACUUGGUCAUGGGCGUCCAUCAACACACCGGUUGUUUGGACCACGCUGACGGAGUACAAGACAAGUGCUUGGGCUCUUCUCUGGAAGAAAGCAGAAAAGGCAAAGAAGCAGGGCCGAAUGCGUGACACUGCUCAAGUACUUGGUGUUGUUGGCAGCGAUGGCACGUCUAUGACACUGCAUGGCGAUGAAUCCAAUGGCGGGCUGGAUAUGGAUGUAGCUGCCCCAUUUGCAUCUGACAGCAAGUUUGCGCGCUUGAAUAUCCGCGCCAAGUUUCUUCGUGUCUUGGUCCGCGAGAAAAUGACCACUACGGAAGACUUGGAGCUGACCAAGUUUAUGCUCGGGCCGCGGGAUAUUAGUAACACGACGCUUUGGCGAAAGGUUGUGGCGCCAGAUAAUGCGAGCGAGAUUUGUGGCUGGGCAUCGCUCGAGGGGCCGAGUUUAGCGGAAGAGAAAGCAUUUGAAACUGGUAGUGGUAUGGAGAUGUCUGCCUUUGUGUUGGGCCUUCGUCGUGGUGACGGUGGCUUUGGCUCUGGCUCCGUUCUACGAACGACAUUCACUAUUUACGUGGUACUGUUUGUACAGAGCACACAGUUAGGAUAUGAGAGACUGGGAAUAGGGCAUAUAUUUGGCACGGAGAUGGAUGCCAUGUAUGAAACGGCACAAGAGCAAGACUUCUUUCUUGUGUAAGCG